AUGACUAUAUCACCUUACCGGACCGCUGGUCCUACAUUCUCACCAUCCUUCGUCCCACGUUCCUCUUCUCAUCCCAUCGUUCAUGGCGCUGCUACUCUUCCACCUAGACCGAUAGGUUUACCUCCAAGACCCACAUCGUCUUCAUACGUUCCUCGAUCGGCGUCGUUGCCAAGACCGCAAGGUAGGAAUGGUGUGGCUUCUCCAAGACUCAAUGGACCAUCCGAGGUCCGACUCACCAGUGGACUUAGGAAUGAGGUUCGAAAUGAAGCUUCGAAAGCGAAGGAUGAGAAGGAAGGUGAUGAGAUCAAAGAUGAGGUCAUGAAGAUAUUAAAGCAACUACCUCCUCCAUUACCUCCCUCUUUGCCGAAGAAAUACCUUGAAACCCCUCCCGUUUCUCCUCCGGCACAAAAGCCCUCCUUCACCAACUUUCUUGAGUACUCGCAAUCCAAACUUCCCAUACCACCUCAGUCGACAACUGCUGCCAACAGUAAGAAACGUCCCGCCUCUCUGGCCGGUCUAGGCCUUGAGCUUACCGAACCGGAACGGAAGAAACGUACCACGGUCAUCUCACCAGGGCUUAGAACACCAGCAGCCGUAGCACUCAGUAAAUCAGCCAGCACGGGCACAAUGAACGGACGAAGUUCAACCCCGCUUGACACAAUCGGUACGACUACACCUCAGCUUGGGAGGUCGGUCACGACCAAUGGAUCGAGACAUGAGAUGAACGGGCAUAGAGAUGAAAAAGAAAGGUGGAAAAUGUUAGCUGCCGAAUUCUUCCAACGUGCCACUCACAUCAAACGUAUGGGUACCACUCUCCGAUCUUCAGAAACAUCAUCGGAUCGUCUCAAAGGUAUCCUCUUCCAAACCGAGGCCGUAUUACUCUAUGUGUACUCUUUUUGGUGUACAGAACAACGUGGAACCUUCUCUGGUCACAUUGAAACCGCACCCCUUCGAGAAAUAGUGAAAGUUGCAUGGGAGAAGGAAGCCAGAGAUAAUAGGGAAGGAGACAUUGCUGAGGUGGCUGAAGGGAUGCUUGGAUUACUACAUACCAUCGAUCACAUAUACAAGACCAAAAUGCUUGCUUCCAGUGCUUCUCUCUUCGAAAAUUACCUGCCUGAUCCAUUGGCGGCGACUAUAAAUCCUUCACCCGCGUCCACUUCGGAUUCCCCGCCCACCAACACGGGACCAUCUCCCUCUUCCUCUUCCGAUACUCAUCGUUCCAACCCCAGUCGAGCCGGACUUCAACGUCUUCUCCAACGUGUGGUCUCUUUGGGAAACUCGUUCGAAAGUGAUAAUUACGACGAACAAAUGGAAUACUUUACUCUUCCCUUUAUCAACCAGAUCUUUCCACAAACGUUUGAGAAGAUUGUUCAUGCGAAUCGACAAGCCGAUUUUACGGAGAUGGACAUUGAUGAUGAUUCUAUUCCUGUUGCUUGGCCUGGGAUAUACACUAGGAACCAAAUGGCUGAGGUUGUGGUGGUGGGAAGGACUAUGAUAAAUGAAGUGGCGGAGAUGAAUGGAUGGGAAUGGCAUAAGAAUAUGGGGACGGUAUGA